AUGUCUUUCGCCGAGUAUGGAUCAAGUAUUUUUUUCAUGGGAAAAAAACCGCUGGACCAAGGAGACGGCUUGGCUAAUAAUAAUGAUAAGUACUUUGGAUGUAGAUUAAAAAUGAUGGACUCUUGCAAUGAUUUACGAGCCUGGAUCAAGACUAGAGAAAUGGUUCCACAUUUACCAGAAGGAAUGAGUGUAGAAGAUGUCAAUAGAGUAAAAGAGUUAGAAUUUUUGAGACGCGAAUUAGCUAAAUAUAAAGCACUUAAAUUAACUCCCGAACAAAAAAAACAAUUAGGACAACCGGAUUUCGGUGAAGAAUUCUCAAAAGGAGACUGGACAAUUUUUAAUUUCUUCUCAAACCAACUAGACAGAUUAACUAAUUACGGAGGAACACUUCUGGGUGCUUCUAGUCCAACUAAAAUAGAAGAAAUAAAUAAUAAAGGUUUACCGUCAGCUCGGUCAAAGCCACUAAAAAGUAAAAGUAGAAAAAAUAAUAUUAAACGAAAGUCGAGCACUGAUAUUUCGUGCUCUAUUCCAAAAGACUCAACCAGCCAGUCCACUUCUUCUCAAUGCGGAAUCGCUGAUGAAUGUGAAAGUGAUUCAAGCUCUGGAUCCAGUCGCGGUUAUAAUUAUCAGUUUAAUAAAAGAAAAGUCAAUCGUAAUUGUACUUAUGAUGAUGAAAGUGAAACAUCAACAGACUCGAAUCGAUCGUAUAUAAUUAAAUCAGAAUCAAUAAUUAUUUCAUUAGAAAAUGAAUUGAAGGCGAAAGAGUCAGAAGUCGAUGAGCUGAAGAACCUGAGCCGGGAUUUAAAAUACUCAUUGCAGAAUCGUGAUAUGCAGAUUAAAAAUCUUAAAGAAAGCCUCGCGAAAAAAUUGGACGAUGUAGCAAAACUUGUAAAAGAUGCAGGAAAUUAUGGAGCGGGUAUAGAAGGAAUGAAAGCAUUGAUCCGCGAACGGAAUGACUUGAUUGAAUGGAAACGGCAGUUCGAGGUGCAUUACAGCGACCAGGAGUAUGAAAUCGAUCGUCUGAAUAAAUUAAUAAACCGUAUCGAGGAAGAACGCGAGACUCAACGACUAGAAAUGUCAAGAAUAACCGAGGAAUUGGAGGAAGAACUCAGAAAUAAGUCCGAUGAAAUUGAUUAUUAUCAAGAACAAAUUAAUCAUUACAAGGAACACACGAAACAGUUAAAGAGGGAAUUAGAGAAAAGUAAUGAAGCCAAAGAAAAAGACUCUAUGAGUGACAGAGAUCUUGAUAGUACCUUUGCGAUGUACUUGAAAAAAUCUAGCGAACAAAUUAACCAGCUGUCUACUGCUCUUCAUGGUGCGGGUAAUGAUGUUGAGAAAAGCAAAAACGAGAUAGAUAUUCUUAAGAAACAGAUUUCACAGAGUUUGUACAAUGAAAAGUUGUAUCAGUCACAGUGGGAGGAAUGCCAGAAGCAAAUCGAUAGUCAGAUAAAUGAAAUUGAAAAAUUACGUCAAUAUAAUGAUAAAUUAAAUAAAGAUAUCCAGAAUAAUGUUAAUUUGAAGUAUGAACUCAAUGAAAUGACGUCAAAAGUUGCUUCACUCCAAAAAGAACACUCGAAUUUGACAAAUAAAUUAAAACAUUUGAACGAAUGUUUAAAGGCAAAAAACUACGAAGUUAUUUCUCUGCAAGAGGAAAAACAAAAUUUAGAAAAAAAAAUUGCUAGUAUUCUUGCUGAGUUGGAGGAAAAAAAUAGUAAAAUAAAUUUACUGGAGCAAGAAAACUCAGAGAUUUAUAAAAAAUUACAAGACACUGAGAAAGAUGUGAAGGAAGUGUCAGAAGAGAUACAGUCUAUCAAAUAUAAUGAUGAAAAAAUAUUGCAGAUAAAAAUGUUAGAGCAACAAUUGAUGAAACGUUCUAAAGAAAAAUGUAAGCUAGAGGAUGCCGUGAAAGAUUUGCGGAAAGAAUAUACCGAGUGUAAGAAUUUAAAUAAACAGCUUGAAGAUAACUUGACAAAUAAGUCUAAUCAAAUAAUAAUUAUCAAACGAGAUAUUAAACGAUUGACUAGUGACUUGAGCGAUAACAUUUAUUCUGAUGGUAGUAUUAUUAAAUUCCCGGAUAAAUUCCACGAGAGCUUGAGUAUUCUGAUGAAACAUGUCGAGUUGGAGAGUUGCAAUGAAAAAGGCUCAACUGAUUUUAAUGAUAUUGACUGUGAUAAUAUCAAAGAUAGAGAAGAUAGUAUCUCUAAGGCGUUUAAUGAUUCAGAUACUGAUCAAUUAAUAAACUCGAUUGUGCGUGAAAAUAAGGACUCGGCUAUGAAAGACGACCGUGCUAUGCUUGAAGAGAUAAAGCAAAAUUACAAAGCGGCUUUGAAGCCGAUGCUAAAAAAUUUAUCUAGCUGCGUAGCUAAAAAAUUCGAUCCUCAAUUAUUUGACAAUGAGAGUGGAUUUAUAAGUGAGGGUAUCUCGUCAAUGAAAUCCCCUAAUGAUAUCAGUAAUUAUCAUCAUCAUCAAUUAGAUAGUAUACCUACUUAUUUAAAUACAAUUAAAUUGAAUCAAACUAAUCAACCGGAUUUUAACAAUGAUUUGUCCGAUAAUCAAAGCAAAAAUAAACACGAUGAUAAUCGACACAACAUUUUAUCUAAAUACAAUAAUGAUAAAUCACGACAAAGUAAUAAUUAA